UCCCAUCUCAUAUCUCAUAUCAGUCGUAUCUCGUAAGCCGCGUUCUCGUCCAUUAUUUCAAUAUUGCACCUUGCACAGUUGCACGUUGCACUUGGUCUAUCUAAUCAUGACCGUCUCCAUCGAGGAAGUCCGCAACGAGUUGGAUCGCAUCUUCGACUCGAGUUCGUCUGACAUUCAACGAAUUACGAAGUGUAGAAUUCUGUUGAAUAACGUAAUUUCAACGUGGUCCACCAAUGUGUUGGAAAUGUUGAAAGAAGUCAUCAAAUUCCUUGCUCAGGAUAAUGUCAACCUGUUCGUAUCUCGUCAGAUUUUCUCCGACUUCUGUAUGCGACUCUUACCCGUAUUGCCGGAUUCACAGUAUAAACUAUUGGCUCAAUUCAUGCUGGAAGAAAUGCAACCGAGGGAGGUUAAUUUUGAAUAUCAUAUGUCAAUUAUCUGUCACCAUUUAUCGUACAUUUACGAGAAAGAGGAAAAUUGGAAGGAAGCAGCCAAUUUUCUAGCCAGCAUCCCAGCAGAAUCGUAUUACAGAUUUUCUGUUGAUUAUGAAUUGGAAUUAUACUUGAAAAUUGCACAACUUUACAUGGAAGAUGAUAAUCCAUUGCUAGCAGAUCCUUACGUCAAAAAAGCUUCAGUAUUGAAAUUUUUAACAUCAAACAAUGAUCUUCAUUUAACUUAUAAAGUUUGUUAUGCAAGAAUGUUGGAUUUCCGUUUAAAAUUUAUUGAGGCUGCACAAGAAUAUCAUGAAUUGUCGAACUGCCCAUCAUUAAAAGUAGAUGAACGUUUGAUGGCAUUGAAGAAUACGCUUGUCUGUACGAUAUUAUCAUUUGCCGGCGACAUUCGAACUCAGUUGUUAAAAUCAUUGUUUGAUGAUGAAAGAUGUAAAAUCUUUAUCAGAUCAUCAACUCUUGAAAAACUGUGUUCGGUUCGUAUUAUUAAAUCUCAUGAAAUUGAUGAGAUAGCAAAUUUGUUGUUGCCACAUCAGAAGGCCGAAACAAAUUAUGGCACAUCUAUAUUGGUUGAAGCUAUAGCGCAACAUAAUAUUCAAUCAAUCGAAAAACUUUAUGAAAAUAUCAAAAUUGAGUCACUUGCCCGCUUGUUGGGAUUUGAACCAUGUAAAGCCGAAUUAAUGGUAGGAAGAAUGAUAUCCGAAGGACGCAUAGAAGGUUCAAUUAAUCAGAAAAACGGUUUUAUAACAUUUAAACUCCGAAACCCAAACGAAUUGUUAGAAUCUUGGACUGAAAUUAUUGAAUCCUUGAACAAUCAGUUUAAUCGUAUGAAUGAAAUCUUAUUGACAAACAGUUCAUUACAGAAAGAUAAGAAAGAUCAUACAGAUGUUUAAAUGUCAUUGUUGGAAUACAAUUAAGAGGUUUGCAAACGGUCAUUUAUUUAAAUCAAAACGAACAAAUCUUUGGUCAAUCAUACCCAUGAACAUUAUACUCUUGAAAUUUAAAAUGUUGACUUAAAAAUUUAAAUUAAAAUGCAAAUCUUAAAUGCAGCCUAUUUGAGCUCAACUAUAUAUAUUAACGAAUUCCAAUCAGUUUGAAGACGUCUAUCGGUAGGAUUGACUAAAAGUACAUAUAUAUGAGCAUAAUACAUCCAUUAUUAUUCACACGCAAGACAUGAAGUUGGUGACUUGUAUGUAUGCGUGCUAGAACACUCUGUUAUUAAUUUUAUAUUACAGUCACACACACUAAUGGUUACUACACAUACAUUUACAAGACCCUCAUGCACACACUUAAAAAAUUCCAAUAUUUAACCCUAAAAGAUUGUCUGUUUGCAAUCCACCUAAGUACAUUGAUUUAUUUAUAUUUAUAUAGAAUUAUAUAUAUGUAUAAUAUUUUUAUUAUGAAAUGUUGUAUCUGAAGUUUAAUUUUUAUCAAUUUUUAUUGACAUUCAAUGUUUUAAAAAAUGUAUGUAUUUAAGUUGUUAAAUUUUAACA